AUGGAGGUUUAGAGGUCAACAUGGCCGCUCAAGAAUCUGCAUGAAGCGUCUUUUGCGGAGUCUGGUACAAUACAGUAAGACCCCGCGUAUAAGAACCUAGAUUUUAAGAACAUGUUAGGCUAAAAUUUCAAACAGGUUCUUAUUUUAGUUUUAUCACUCUAAGAGUAGAAGCUAAAAAUUAUAAAUCAAAGAAAAUGAACUCUUCACAAAGUAGUGAAAAUGACCCAGAGUAUAUGAACACAUCAACAAAAAAUAACUGUAUCAACAACAAACGAAAAUGAAUCGCUUUUUCUUUAGAAAUUAAGAGCCUAUUUAUGAACUUGUUUAGCCUAAUUUCACGAUAAGCACCAUUUAUACAAGAACCUGUUUAGGCUGACUUGAAAAAUACAGGUUCUUAUAUACGCGGGGUCUUCCUGUAUGUAAAGAUUUGCCCCACAAAAGUAGUGAAAAUAGAACGUCGUUAAACGUCGACUCUCGUUAUUUCGAGUGCAAGCUGGUGUUUGAUGCGGAGUAAAUUCCUAAACUUUUAAUUGUUUUUAGAAAUUAUUAAUAUUAUUGACGGUGGUUGCUUUGCUGAUAAAGAAAACUAGUUGCACAUCUAAGCCAAUAAUUGCAACACUGGAUGCCAAGUGGCCAUCAACACCAAUAUUAUUAGAAUCAAGGUUAGUUAUAUUGAAUCGUAUAAAUGAUUAUACCUGGGGUACUGUAGCGAUGACGUCACAUCUAGGUUCCAGUUUCAUCCAUUGAACUAAAAAUAACUGGAACGCUACUUUCAGUAAAUUGCGCAUGCAAAUUUUGAAGCCAAAAUUUGACUCCCAUGAAGCCAGUUUUGACUCCCAGACACGCACUUCCACGCGUGUUUCUACUGCGCGAUUUACUCGCGAGACAAUGCAGGGGGCGCUCGAAGCAUGCCGUUUUGAACGUUUUCAUGGCAGGAUGCAAAUCGAAAGGGAAACGGGCCUUUUCAAUUUAAAACGGGCCUUUUAAAGCCUGUGUACGACCUUGUAGAAUUUAGCUUCAAAUUUCCGCUUGAACGUAGCGUUCCAGUUAUUUUUAGUUCAAUGGUUUCAUCCAUUAUCAGUGAGCUCCAUAGAUAUCUGGAGCGAUAACUCGUGUCCAAAAAGUGAAGCCAGCUUCGUGUUAACCGCGCAGACAAAAACAAUGGAAAGGGACUGGAACUGACGUUCUAUGGCACUUCAAUUUCCUCUAUCUUGGCGAGGAGUGUGCCGCAAUUUCGUAUUUUGACUUCGAUUCAAAGACUAAUGUUAUGAUUUCAUGAACUGAAAACUUAAUUAGCUAUAUGGUCUGUUAGAAAAAAAAAUAGAAUUAGCUGGGAAAAUGGUAUAAAAACCCAGGGGUUUUUUUCAGGGAAUUUUUAGGACCGUUAAACGGCCCCAAAAACUCAAUCUUGAAUUGAGUUUUGAAACUCAAUCUUCUCACCAAAAGAUUCAGUGCAGUAAAAAUGAACUUGUUUGAGUUAAAUUCGUGACAUGUGCAAAUUAGUUUUCAGUUGGAAACCUGACAAUCAAGAAAAAUGGGUGGAAUUCAUUUCACAACACAAGAAAAACAACGUAUUCGCCAUCUUUAACCAGUUUAUAGUUUCUGCUUAAACACAUUGCGUCUGAACUACACUUAUUGGAUACAGGAGUCAGCCUCUCGCAGCUGCCAGAGACCCCCAGUUGUUCAGCUAAACUCAUUCUUCUCUGCAAAAACGGACCCAAGAGAAAAUCCUGAAAAAACCCCUGAAAACCGUUUACGACCUUCAUAGCUAUUGGACGUCAAUGGCCGCCAUCUUGGCUUCACUUUUCUCAUAGGCCGAAUAGUGAACUCUAAUAAGACUGGAACAUUGAACUAGGCCGAAUGACUGAAGUUCUUGCUCCAGUAUAUAUAUAUAGAGCCCCCUGUCCAUUAUGUGCGCGGCACAAAUAUUGGCGAUGCUCUUUAUGUGUUAAUUUGUAAUGAUAAUUAAUGAUUAGAAUUUAGUAAUUUUACCAGCAUUUCUGUUCAUUCUAUUUUCACAGUGAAUAUUUAGCCAAAGAAGGAAAUGACAAAUUUUGGGAAUUUGUAGAAUUAACAAAAUCUUAUCACAAUUUCAAGACACAAUUAGGUAUGUAUGCCGUAAAUAAAGCUGUUAACACAUUCUAUUUAGAUUUUUUAUUGUUCAGUUGAAUCAUUGAAGUCUUUUAUAUUGUUGAUUCUUUAUUCUAGAAUCAUUACCAAGUUACUUAGAUGAAUUACUAAGAGGAAAUUAAGCUCCCCCAGCGAUGUUAUGUAUACAUGGGAUAAUUUUCAACGAUGAUUAUGCGUAGCGCAAUCAAAUUUGGUGUACUAUGACAUGCAUCACAAAUCGAUGUUGAAAAUCAUUCCGUGUUAAGGAUGAUUUACACCGCACAACUUUUGCCUAUAACUGUCGCAUUCAACCUGCUUUAUACAGCUUGAGUUGUACUGUGUAAAUCAAGCAUACAACUCGUCCACGUUGUCCCAGGUGAGUUGUGUGCUUGAUUUACACAGUACAACUCAAGCUGUUACACAGUACAACUCAAGACUGUGCAGCUGUUAUAGGUUGCAUGCGACAGUCAUGAGUUGUGAAGUGUAAAUCAGCCUUUACAAUGAGGAUAGUCUGCGUAUAGCAGCCGAUGUUUUUGGGGAGGACUUGCGGGCGGGAAAAUUAAGGCGGGAGAUCACCACACUGACGACAAUUUGUAUGAUCCAGAUGAAGAUCAGCACAGAGUUAUAAAUAGUUUGGAACAGUCUGCGUGAAGAUUAGUUUGUUCGCUAUAGACUUAUAGAAUUUUGUUUUGUUCAUUACGUGACUGCCCAAGAUAUGUCCGAUGAAGUUGAAAAUCUUUCGACGAAGACUUUCCCAGGGGCCCCUAUUACGUCAUAAUGUAAAACUGAAAAUGCGGUGUUUUACAGUAUAUUGCUCUUUAUUGCAUAUUAUCUGACACUAACGCAGCAAAGAUAUAUAUGCUUAGUUAAGCAAUCUUGGAUCAAACUGGGGCCCUGGGGCAAAGUGCCUACCCCCCCCCCCCGGCGGCCCUGCUUGUAAGGUAUUUUAAUUUCUAAUUCUAUCACAGCGUUGUCGUGCGUGAAAAGUUUGAAUUGUUACUCAAAUCUUAGAAUGCAUUAUGCAUGUCUUCCGUAACCGUAUAUUGCAGUCAAUAAAUCUAUGUAAUUAAGUAAUAUUAUUGCGGGAACCACUGAGCCGCAUUUUCAUGAAAUACACAGCAACGGUAACUCCGAAUAAAGACAACAUUUUUGAUUCAACGUUUCGACUUUAUUUAGUCAUCAUCAGGAAUGGAUAAUGUUACAUAGUAAUGCUAAUAUAUACAGAUAAGAUAGUUUGUAAUUUAAUAUCUUCUAGUAGAAACCAAUAGUUCUCGGGACGCUUUGAUGCCAUGGUUCAGUUCCGGUUUCUGCCUGUGAAUGGUCCACAACUCCACCAUCCUGGACAAGGCAAAACACUGGUCAGUGUUACUAUUCAAAGAAGCACUCGGUAUUCACAGGCAGAAACCGGAACUGAACCAUGGCAUCAAAGCGUCCCGAGAACUAUUGGUUUUCUACUAGUAGAUAUUAAAUUACUAACUCUCUGUAUAUAUUGGCAUUACUAUAUAACAUUAUCCAUUCCUGAUGAUGACUAAAUAAAGUCGAAACGUUGAAUAAAAAAAUGUUGUCUUUAUUCGGAGUUACCGUUGUUGUGUAUUUUAAGUAAUAUUAUGAUUUAUGUUAUUUUUGUUUCUAGAUCAAUACAACUUUAUCAUUGAAUCAGCUGGGAAGCUAUUAUCUCCAACCUUGCUUAAUUUAUUCAAGUUUUCAUUAUCUAUAAGAUAUUAUUCUCCUACUAUAGAAUUAUUUAAUCAGGUAUAGUGUGCUUUUAUACAUCUGUAGCUGGUAGUAAAGUACUGGGUCAGUUAUUCAAAAGCGGUUUAGCUGGUAGUAAAGUACUGGGUCAGUUAUUCAAAAGCGGUUUAGCUGGUAGUAAAGUACUGGGUCAGUUAUUCAAAAGCGGUUUAGCUGGUAGUAAAGUACUGGGUCAGUUGUUCAAAAGCGGUUUAGCUGGUAGUAAAGUACUGGGUCAGUUAUUCAAAAGCGGUUUAGCUGGUAGUAAAGUACUGGGUCAGUUAUUCAAAAGCGGUUUAGCUGGUAGUAAAGUACUGGGUCAGUUAUUCAAAAGCGGUUUAGCUGGUAGUAAAGUACUGGGUCAGUUAUUCAAAAGCGAUUUAGCUGGUAGUAAAGUACUGGGACAGUUGUUCAAAAGCGGUGUAGCUGGUAGUAAAGUACUGGGUCAGUUAUUCAAAAGCGGUGUGGCUUAAUCCUGGGUAGAACGUCAAAGCAAACUUUCGGACAGCUUGUAACUUGGAAACACUUUUCCAAAAAUCCCAUCUGGAUAAGUUGAAGUUUGAUUUUCUACAAUUUUGAAAUAAACGGACAUACAGUAGUAGUUACACAAACGAAAAUAGCGGGAUUAACCCAUGCAGGAUUAACGCUGAUUCUGCUUUAAAAAACCGGUCCUAUAGAGCAUUAGAGAAAUAGCAUGAAAAUUGGCCAGAGUUUCGUUAUUGGGAGGUAUAUUGCAUGAAUAAACAUACUUUUAUUGUGUAUAUCUCGUAUACGCCAGGAGCCGCUUGUGCAAGGGCGCCCUAGUUGUACGAAGGCCUGAUAUAGCGCCAUAUUCACAGGAUAGGGAUUUUUUCAACCGUUGUGUAAGGAUGCACUCGAAAAGCUAAAAACUGUACAGAUAUGGAUGGUAAAUAAAAAUAAUUCAAACUUUAAUUUAAAAAUACUAAAGUUUGCUUUAAUCUGGGUUAUACAAGACAAGACAUUAAAAGAAAAUUAAUUAGUACAAUAUAACUGCUUUUACGUACGUAUACAAGCAUGAGUAGUAUUGAAACAGGUACAAGCAAACUGUUACAACCAAAAAGUUGCUCAACAAGAAAGUUAGCAAUCAACGCACAAGUUGAAAAAAAUAGCUAUCGAGCCUUCGUUCAACCUGUCGAAGGGAAGAUGGCUGUGAAACUCAUUAGAAUAACCAGUGUUGAGUAAUGAGUAGAAAUUACAAUUACUUCUCCUAAAAAGUAAUUGAUUAGAUUACAAAUUACUUUACUAGAAAAAGUCACUAAUUAUCACGUACUAAUUACUUUUCAAAAAGUAAUUAAUUACCAAUUACUUUCAAAAUUACUUUUCAUUUUACUUUUUGUAUUUAAAUCAUGCUUACCGCUUUCGACCUUCACAACACUAAAUUGAGUAAAAUCAUUUCGCGCAAAAUUGGCGGGAAAUUGAAAAAGACAUAAUUUAACCAUAUCAAUACAUGAAAACUCACGCCGCGUAUCUCGCAUAUCGCAGGCUUAUUUGAAAGAUAUUUCAAUUUUGUAAACAUCGUAUUCGUAGUAGUUCACUAGCCUCCUCCGCAGGCAACUCUUGUGGCAUCCCAAAUGGUAAACUUUUGAAAAAUCCCCAUCAAAAAAGAGCAAUACUGUCGCGAACGGCGAAUUAAUGUUGUUUUGGCCGAGUAGUAAUAAAAUUAAGGGGAUUGGGUCGGGGGAAAGGCGGAUAAAGGGGGAUCUUGGGGGAUAAAAUUUCCGCCUUUCCCCCGACCCAAUCCCCUUAAUUUUAUUACUACUCGGCCAAAACAACAUUAAUUCGCCGUUCGCGACAGUAUUGCUCUUUUUUGAUGGGGAUUUUUCAAAAGAUUGCCAUUUGGGAUGCCACAAGAGUUGCCUGCGGAGGAGGCUAGUAGUUCACUAGUUCUUAAGGCAGGUAGCCUAGAAAAACGUUUUACUACUUUUUAGAUUAUGUGCAAUAAAUGUUGUGAGAGAUUGAAGUAAAAUUGAAAAGUAACGUGACGUUACUUUAAGAAAAUUUUACUCGUUUCCUUCAAAAUGUAAUUAAUUACGUUACAAAUUACUUCAGUAAAGAAAGUAAUUAAUUACCAUCUAUUGCCUAAUUAUUGCCUAAUGACCAAAAUUUUGAUCUCAACAAGUCUAGACAAAAUUUCACCACAGCUUGAAAGAGCAUCACAUGCAAAAUUAGUAAUAUUCCAAAGUUUCGUUGCGAAAUGUUGUAAAAUGCGGAUAAUAUAGCCAUGCGAAGUUUGCCGUUUUUCAGUCAUUUUGUAUUACGCACGGGAAAUUGAUACCGCUUUCUGAAAAAAGGUAUCAAUUUCCCGUGCGUAAUACAAAAUGACUGAAAAACGGCAAACUUCGCAGGGCUAUAUUAUCCGCAUUUUACAACAUUUCGCAACAAACUUCAGAAUAUUGCUAAUUUUGUGAUGCUCUAGAUCAAAAUUUUGUUUAUUAGGUAAUAGGUCAUUAAAACAUCCAGUUUAUACAUAACAUUGUUAUUGUUUCUCUGUUAGGUAUCUAAACAAUUAACUGUGCCACAAUGUGCAAUAUUUAUUGAAGUUAGUGCUCAAGUCACUUGUGAUUUAGACGAAGCAGUUAGAUGGAUCGACAGCAACCAAGAAAGGUGAUGUUCUUAACAUGACUACUGUUUUCAAUGCAUUAAAAAUAUUCGCGUAUAAAACGGCGUCCUGUGACUACUCUGUACUCAUGCAACUAUACUAUCGCGCAGUGCAACUAUGGCUUUUAAUAAGUGCAUAAUUCCUGCUUGAUGGGCUCCUGCACAUAUCUCUCCGUCAAUAUAGGGACAUUUAAACGAUGCCUUAGUUUAUCUUAUUUCCGAUUGUCCAUUCACCCCCCACCCCACACCCAACCCCAAAUAAAAUAAUAAACAACGUAACAUUUCUAGUUACAUAGUAAUCAAACGUAUUGUCAGUUUUGGACUUUGCAUGAACUAUAACUAUAUAUAUAUAUCGUAAACAUGUUAUUAUCUUAGAAAAGCCUCUUUUGGGGAAAGAUAAUAAAGUACAUAUAUAUGCAUGUGUGUAUAUGUACAUGAAAACUUAAAAUAAAGUUUGCAUUGUAACUUCUUAAACAUAAAAUUUUGCUUGAAGACAAAGUAGGCGAAAUUAGAACAAAUAAUAAGUUACGUUUUUGAGCUGAAUACCUUUUAUUUUUCCUUGAAUUUUCAGCUCCAAUAUUUACACCUACACCUUCGACCAUGUGUACCCAUCAAGUCACAAUAAUCCAGUCACUGCUAUAUUGUAUGGUGAAGUUGGUACAGCAACAUUCGGAGUGUUUCAUGAAAAACUGAAGGAACUUGCACGCUCGGGAAAGAUACGAUAUUUACUUCGACAUUAUGUUCAGGUGGGUAGAACUGAACAUAUUUUGUUACUUCCUGGAAAAUGUACUAACUUCCAUGCAGACCAAGGGUCGAAACGUCGAAGUUCUUUCCACAUUUUUCAGGUUAUUGUAUCAUACACACAUGUUACUAAUUUGUAUUCUUCGAUACCUGCCCAGGCACUCUAUGUGAGUAUAAUGGACGUUUCUUAAGAUAGUUUCACAACCUCGUCCCAGGCCUUGUUUCCUGCCGUUUUGCGCUAAACAACCGUUAAUAUUGUUUCCCUUAUUUCGGACUUUUUUGUUGUGUUGCUUAUUUUGCCAUGUGUUUUGUGCCAUAGCUUGUCUUAAUGUGCGAAAUACGGACAUGGACAAGAAUUGAGUUUUUUUUCGAACAAAACUUAAAACUAAGUUUAAUAUUUUUCGAAAGAAUGUCGCGAACUCUAUAGAUAAUGAAGAGAUUACAGCACAAUGCAGAAAAUUGAUUACAGCACAAUGGGAAACGUUUAUUGGUGAAUGAGUAGUAAAGUGAAAUAGACAUAGGGCGUUCCGACCUGCACAAACAUUACUAUAUCAAUAUGAUUGUAUGAUACCUGUGUGAAUGCUAAGAUACUUGCUGUAAAAGUAACACGAGAAGUGACAAGUUUACGUCUGCAACUGGGGUUCCAUUCCUGCAGUAUGCAGUUGUUUGAGGAUAAUUUCGCCCAGUUGUAUGUGAGAAGAAUGCUUCCUGUUUAGUGUACCAGGUACCGUUGGUUUAUCAAGUCACAUCUUUUUUCUCCUGUAGUGGCACAAUAUGGUACAGUAUAUCUCACACUAUAGGAAGAACAAUUUAGAACUGAUGCUGCUGGCACAUAUCACUUUCUUCGAUCCCAUUUUUAUUUCAGACGGUAUCGAAGGAUAAAGUACGUCUAUCUGGGUAUGGUGUAGAACUGGCUGUCAAGAACACGGAAUAUAAAGCAGUAGAUGACAGUAAGAUACAGAGUGGUGACGAUAAUACUGGGAAUAAAGAAAAUGAAGAGGAAAACGAUAUUGAUGGGUUUCUGUUUGGUAAAUUAAGGUACUUUACUUACAUGUAAAGAAUUAAACCCAAUAUGAUAUCUACUAGGACGUAGUUAGAAAGCAAAAUUUCGUAAUGGGAUACCUUUAAAAUAUUACCUUUAAAAUUCCUUAAAAACGGCACUAUUGAUGUUAUAAUGUUAAAAACUUUUAACUGUUCUUCAUCAAGUUAUUUAACACUGAGACAUAUGAUGUUUUUUAUGUUACUCUGGGUGUAUAUCUACACUGGGCAGGCUGAAAAGUUAGCCUGACCACGGUGGGAAUCGAACCCGCGACCUUUGGGAUACUAGUCCAAUGCUCUGCCAACUGAGCUACGAGGCCAAGUUUGUUCGAGUGUGGGGUAUUUCGGAACUAAGUCUAGUACCUUCGAUACCAAUGUGUUCUAUGACAAAAAUAUCAUGAUCAUAGAACACAUUGGUAUCGAAGGUACUAGAUUUAGUUCCAAAAUACCACACACUCGAACAGACUUAUCCUCGUAGCUCAGUUGGCAGAGCAUUGACCGUGGUCAGGCUAAAUUUUCAGCCUGCCCGGUGUGGAUAUGCACUCAGAGUAACAUCAAAAACAUUCUAUUCACCUGAGUACAUAACAUCAAAACACACACACAAAAAUAACUGAGACAUAUGUUACUCAUAUGUUGCUACUCAAUAACGUGGAAGUUAAUAAAGCAACUCUAGGUGUCGGUUAACCAGAACGAAAUACAUGAUUUGGAAGUUACCGACUCUCUGGGAAGAAAGAUCUUCACUCAAAACAAAGAGCAUUGUUCCUGACUGACGAGAACUGAAACCCAGAACGAACCCAGAGUUCCUUUUAUCCCAAGAUUGCAUCGAUAUAUCCCAAGAUUACAUCGAUAUAUCCCAAGAUUACAUCGAUAUAUCCCUAGAUUGCAUCGAUAUAUCCCAAGUUUUUGUUUGUUUUCCCAACAGAAAGUUACAUCCAGAUUUGAACGAGCAGCUAGAUCAACUGAAAUCUCAUUUGAAGGAAAAUUCCCAAGUGAUGGCCCCACUUAAAGUUUGGCAGUUACAAGGUAGGGUGUCUUGACCACCGUUACGGAUAACUUAAGAAACAAGAGAAAGAAUAUAGAAGUGCAUGAUGAUCAUGAUCGCAUAAACACCAGCUGUUCAGCUGACCAGAGUACCAGAGUUUUUCUUUGUAUUCAUCUCCAAACUCACCCAAAGAGAAUAAUACAUUGGUGCGCGGAAAUACCAGAUUUAUUUCGAGUGUUGAACAUGAUAUCUCACGAGUGAGCGCAGCGAACGAGUGAGAUAUCAUGUUCAACACGAGAAAUAAAUCUGGUAUUUCCAAGCACCCAUGUAUUUUUCUGUUUAUUAUAUAAACAAAAUUCAGUGAAAAACAAUAAAACGUCCGUGGCAAUGCGUUUUGCAACAAAUGAUAUAUUUUCACACGUAAAAAUAUGUAUUUUUUACGUGUGUUUAAAUACGAUUUUUCUCAGUGGCCAAAAACUCUAUAUAACACUUAUGUUUAUAUAAUAAAUUAAUUUAUUUGAUACAUGUACGAUACCAAUAUUGCUGCUUGGUUGUGUAAAGAUUUAUACACUACACAACUUUUGCCACAACAUAGGUGAGUUUUGUGCUUGAUUUAGACAGUACAACUCUAGUUGUGAGCGGGUUGCAUGCGCCAGCUUUAGGCAAAAGUUGUGUAGUGUAAAUCGUUGUUAAUAAUUAUCUAGAUCUUAGCUUUCAAUCUGCACAACGUGUAAUGUCAGCUGAUGGUGAUGCUGCUCUGGAUGUUCUUCAAGAUAUAAGUCAAAAUCUGCCAUCAAAAGCAAGGUAUGUCCAUUUCACGAUUUUUUCGACUGCACCGGAAUCGCAGGGCUGUAGGUUCGAUUCCUGCCACAUGACAUAUACAGUAGAUACAGUAGUUGCAUUUUUCGCAGCUUUUAGGUCUAAAAAGAUACAGUAUAAAAUUGUUCCGAAGGGAUAUGUAGAUGGAACUCCGAAAAAUGCAAAACUAUAGGUCCUCUGGAAGGAAUCGAGAACCUGCGACCCUGUGAUUCCAGUGCAGCGCUCUAACCAACUAAGCCAGAGAGUCCAGUUGUCGAGCUCUAACCACAAGUUCAUGUAUAUGUACUAAGGUGAUGCCAACGUAAGAUGAAUGGGCAGACACCAAGAUUUUGGAUUGUACCAGGAUAGUACCAGGAUAGUACCAGGAUUUUGGAUCGUACCAGGAUAGUACCGGGAUGUUGGAUGAUACUGAACCAAAAUCCUGGUGUUUACAGUAUAAAAUGUACAUUCAAAGUUGCAUUUGCAUAUGAGAAACUCUUCAACAUUAUUCAUGUACAUAGUAGCUACUUCUAUCUAAAUCAUUAGUCUAGUUGGAGUGAAGUUUCAUCAAGACCAAACUAUUUCAUGCAUCUAGUCAAGUUUCCCUCGAAUUCUUUGUGCAUGUGGCGAAUGCGGCCAAUCUGAUGAUCCAAUGGACAACUUGCAUGUUAGACUAAAUUUUAAUCUAAGUAAAGAGAAGGGAAUCAAACAACAGUUAAAAAGAGCAUAAUGAAAUUAGUAAAAUUGCAAAAUUUGGUUGCGAAAUGUUGUAAAAUACAGAAAAUAUAGCCUUGUGAGGUUUGCAUAUUUUCAGUAUAUUUGUAUUACGCGCGGAAAUCGUUACCAUUUUCGGCUCAAAAUGGUAACAAUCUCCGCACGUAAUACAAACGUACUGAACAUAUGCAAUCUUCGCAAGGCUAUAUUUUCUGUAUUUUACAACAUUUUCGUAAAUCAAAAAUUAGUCUAACAUGCAAGUUGUCUAUUUGAAACAGAACACAAAGAUAUUUUUAUGUUGUUCUUUAUAUUUAGCUUGUUUUUAUAAACAAGGUAACGUUCCUUCUUUCUUUCUUUAAAGAUCGUUGGUCAAGACCAAAGUUAGUGAAGAUAUGCGUAAGGAAAUACUAAGAAACCAACAGGUAAAUAUCUCGUUUCAAAAUUUGAUGUUGUAUGGUGACUUUUAAUAUUUCAAAGUCUUUGUCAAACCUGAAGUUGAAGUAUUAACUUGAAUGUUGUUGUCUUGUUUAAAUAGCUCGAAUCAUGAGUUUAUAAGAUAUUAAUAUUCGGAGUAUGUUUCAUCUAAUAUUUUGCGAAAUUGUCUGCUGGUAAAGGAGUAUGGUGGUAGAUAUGUGGUAAACGUAGUUCGGAGUGAUGCACUCGAGCAUUUAGUUUUGAAGGCCACAGAAAGCUACAUAGUAUUUAUUUCUGAUUUUUAUUCUACCCUAGGCAUUUCUGAAGUUUGACAUUAGUCCAGGUAGUACGGAGCUCUUUAUCAAUGGUCUGCAAAUAUCUGUUGAAGAUCUCAAUACCUUCAGGUAAAUGUCUUUAACAUGAUUUGCACUGUAAUGUGCAUGUAAUUUGGACCGUAGUAAAAAUUACAUUUUACUUUUUUAUUGCAUAUAUUACUACUUGAUAUUUCAUUUUCUAUUGUAGCUUACUCGAUCUUCUAAGAGAUGAAGGAAAAGUACUUGAUAGGCUAUCCAGUACUGGAGUUAAGGUGAGGAAUCUUGUCACUCUUUAUACCCGCAAAUUCUGGCCGCUCCAUAAUGUCUCUUAUCGACUCCCUUUCUGUUUCGUCUUCUCCUAUAUUACAUGCGAAUAUUCUCAGCCUUGUUCUCUUCACGUUCUCUGUAAUAACACCCCACAUCUUCUUUUUAUUUCAUAAUGUUUCUAACCAGCUCCUUCACCUCUUGAUACAUAUCAUCUCCAACUUAUUCCUCUAACGUUCGUUGGAAAGUUUAUUACUCCAAAUCUUCUUCUGAUCUUUCCACUCCUUGUCCUUCAGUAUAAUUCCUAGGAUCCAUUUCAACAUUCACACCUCCUCUCAUCAUGCCCUCUUCCCCUGCAUUGUCCCCUGCAUUGUCCCCUGCAUUGUCCAGCAUCGUUUAUAUAGUAGUUGUUAAUAUUAUACUAGUCGUCUAUUAGAAUGCUGUUGUUAGGGUUUGUAAUUCAAGUAUAUAUACAUUUUAAGACAGGUCAUUCAAGUCCACCUUAUCACAACCCGCACACCCGAUCACCUAUAUAUACAUGAACUUACGGUUACAGCUCAACAGCUGGCCUCUGUAGCUCAGUUGGUUAGAGCGCUUCACGGGAAUCGCAGGGCCGUAGGUUAAAUUCCUACCAGAGGACCUUGUGCUGCAUUUUUCGCAGUCGUUCCUGGUCAGGUCUUAAAAUGUAUAUAUAUAUUCACUUGGAUUACAAACCCUAAGAACAGCAUUCUAAUAAUAAUACCACCAAGUGAAGUGCAAGAAACCAGAUCAUUGAAGUCCACCUUAAUAUUAUACUGUAGUUCAGUAUUUGGCAUUUCUUGUCACACACGACUCCUGACUUUGAGGUGAAUGCUACUUAAUUUUAUUGUGAUCACUUUUUAUUGGUUCGUUUCUGUAGGGUGAAGAUUUAGCAAAUAUGUUGAUGAUGUCAGUUGAAACUGAUGAGGAAACUUAUGCGGUUGAUAUGAGACAUCAUUCUGUCAUUGUGAGUAAUGCGUUAAUAUGUACUACACUGCUACCUCAGGUGGUUUAACUGUCUGAUAUAUGUCUUGGUACUUUUACCAAUAUGAGACAUUCAGUCAUUGUAUGUACAACAUUAUAAUAUACUUGCAACCUCGUGUGGGAAGUUCGUGUGACAGUUACAAUUAACGCGCUUUCUGAGUAUAGGUACGAUAUUAUACUUAGGAUGGGGUGACCACCCUGCACUUGUUAUCUCGCGUAUAAAUAUAGUUUGAUUACUUUUUCUUCCCCUACCAAAAACUAACCCUUUGGUCUUACUUGUCGAGUUGUGGUUUACUUUUAUCAUGAGCCUCUGCCUCAGGUGUAUUGAGCAACCACAUAAUUAAAAAGAACAUCGUACAUUAUAUGUCAGUAAUUUGAGUUACGCUAAUAAACUUUACAUGCACACUGCAAUUUAUCAGGCUUAUUUCUGGUUUUCCGAAAUGUUAAAAGACACAUUUAAUGUCAGUUGUUGAUAUCGUCGGAUGACAUUUAUAACAUUUUUUCAAAUAUCAGUUUAUUUGGAAUUUGAAAUCAGCCCUACAAAUCGGAAGAGGGACCACGGCCGCUAGAAAAAAUCUAUUUAUGACCUAAUAUAUAUUUUUUCUUGUAGUUUGUCAAUGAUCUCGAACGUGAUGCGCAGUAUCGCGACUGGCCAUCUUCAGUUACUGAGGUUAGUUUUGCCACAAUGGUCGUUUUAAAUAGUACUUCAAAAAUCAUUAAUAAUUCAUGAGGGAAACAUAAAGAAAAAUCAUAAGCGCGUCGUAUCUUUAUAUGUGAUAGAGAUUUCCCUUGAUUUACAUAAACUUUAACUUUGAUUUUCUCGACAAACACAACGUAUUUUUUGAAAAUUACUUCGCCAAUGAACUUACCAGAUCGAUCGUUUUUUAAGCAAUUUAAAACAUUCGCAAUGCGUGUUUUAUCAGACCUAAAGAUGCUCGGCUUCGCCUCGUAUUUUUAUAUCUGAUAAAACACUGCCGCUCAUGCUUUAAGUAGUAAAAAGGGGUACCAGCCGACAGUUUUAAAAGAUACAAUUAUAAUUAUAUGUAUAAUUAUACAAAACAAAGUCCUAAAAUGAACAUCUUGAGAAAAACAUGGAUUAAAAUGAGAUUAUAUAGGCACGAGUUUGUUUGUGUACAGUUUGGUUUGUGUUUGUAGUCUUGUUUUAAUACUUGUGAAACUCAUUAAUGAUGAAGAAAAUACAAACGAAAUCAUGUCCGUGAAGGAGUUUUUUUAAAUUUUUUAUUUAAACAUAUUUUUAAUUUGUUUAAACAAACAAAGUUUGCCCCAAGAGCGCGUACGCUCAUCUAGGGGGCUCACUUCUUACAAUUGCAAAAUGUUUAAAUAACAUGCCAGUAUAUAAGGAAAAGAUAAAGAACUGACGGAAGUCAAGAAUCGUGCAAAUGAAAACGUUUUGUUUCAUUUAUAUAAGACUGAACAAGAGAAAAUAACUCUCUGUUUGAUUCUAAUGAUAAUGAAGAUGAUCCAUGCAAAAACAUUUCGACAAUUUGAUCGUCGUUCAUUCUUGACCAAUCGUCAGCGAACAUCUGAGCAGCAGAGGAGAGCAGUUUCUGUCUUUGGGCAGCAAAAAUUGGACAACGAAGAAAAUAAUGUUUUAUAGUUUCAGUAUGAAAACCACACGUACAAACUGGGGAUACUUUACAUCCUAUUUUAAAGAGAUAAGAAUUUAAUGCACAAGCACCUAAGCGCAGGCGAGUGUGAUAAACGGAAGAAAAUCUAUCAUUAGAUAAAUUAUAAAUAACAUUUGAAACAGGUAAGUCAAAAAUGGUAACUAAAGCUAGCGUUUUUAGUGUGAAGUUUCACUUCACACUAUUGUGAUGGCUGGCGAAUUCACACGAAUCAGUCAGUCAGGGAGUAAACUUUCCGGGGGGUGUAUACGAUUUAUGUUCGUAGUGAUUUAUUGUACUUAGUCAGUACUUUGAAGGUUAUUUAGGCAAUUUCAGUUAACUUAUUUACAUAUUCUGUUAUCCUUUUGCCAAGUUCACAAAAAUUUCGAGGAAUCGCUUUCGUUAUUGUAUUUUUUUGUAAAUUUUAGAACAUUCGCUUCUCAUGUUGUGUAACGGAUCUUUACCCCGGAACACCCGAUUUUUUCUUUAGUAGCGCAAAUGCGCAUGCGCUAUCAAGCCGUAGAUCACGAUGGCGUGACGAUAUGCUAGGAAGGGGUGACAGUGUUGUUUUCAGAUGUAUAAAGAUUUCAGACGUGAAUAUUGAGUAAAUCUUUGAAAAUCUACGCAAUAUAUAAAUUGAACUUAUGCAUUACGGGCGUUCAAUUAAGUGCCGAUAAUAUUUAGACGGUAUAUUCAUUAUACAGAGCUAGGAAGGAGCUAGACCGCCUAGACAGUGCAGUCAAGUGUGUAAACAUUUCAGACGUAAAUAUUGAGUCGAAUAUCUUGAUUCUAGGCAUUCAUUUAAGUGCCGAUAUUAUUUUCACGGUAUUCUCAUUAUACAGGGGUACAGUACGUAGGCAGAAGCGAGACAGUGUUGUUUUCAAGUAUAUAAAGAUUUCAGACAUGAAUAUUGAGUAAAUCUUUGAGAUUCUACGCAAUAAUAGUAAUACAAUAUAUAAAUUGAUGUUAUGCAUUACCGUCGAUAUUAUUUAGACCGUGUAUUCAUUAUACAUUCUCAUUGACUGUAUAAGGUGCUACAUCACAGAAUAGAUGGCUAUACUCAUGCAGUACAAAGAGCGAAAAAUUGCAUCAGAUUUGUAUCAGAUCAAUAAAGCAUAAACAACUAUUAAACAGAAGCGGGUAAACGUUUGUACGGCGUUUACGAAGAAAAAAACUUACGAGACUAAAGGAAUCAGUUGAGUCAGAGCUUGUUGUAUAAAUAAGAAAGACGAGGAGAUAGCCAACGUGUUUAGGUGUUAUCGCCAACAUGUUAUCGCUAAUCGCUUAAUUGGCUCGCCAACAAGCUUUAUGCAAUAGAAGAAAAAAGCAAGGAGGUACAUGUAGCCAACGUGUACAUUCACGGACCUUGUCUUUGUUUACUGUCUAGUGUCUAGCACAACGCCGUUGUCAACGGUGCAAACUCGUAUUCAGUGCAACGAUAACUCUACCAGAUCUUACGAGAAUCAAUCUGUAGUAUUCUGUACACAGAACUGUAUCAAAGCUUGUCAAAAAUGUUUUAAAAACACUGCUAUAACUGUGAAACUAUUGAAAUCUAAAGUGAUAUUUAUACUCAACACAUGCGAAAAGCUGAAAAUAGACACGCGUCACACUGGGAAAAGUCAAAGGUCAAUGAAACUUGUUAUUGUGAAACAUGUCACAAUUAAGUUAAAAUGCGGAGGCGGAUGGAGCGGAUCCACGGAACGGAUAUGCGGAUAACAAACGGAACGGAUGAGGAUAAAAUGCGUCUUUUAAUGAUGUAACAACGUAGUGCUUAUUAUUCAUAACAUAUCUUAUACAUCUAUUUCAAUUACAGUUUAUUAGAUAAAUUUAGCAUAGCAGUAGCCUCGUGGGGAUGCUUUCAGCGACAGCUGCAAAUGCAAAUGAAAAUUUAGAAUAUGCAAAAUUUGGUUGUUGGUGACACAAUAAAUAGAUGAAUUGCAUCAGUUUCACAAGGCACGUUCUGAUGUGUUUGUUUCAAACUUCACGCUACUCGUAUGCCGAGCGUAUUAAAAGCAAUAAAUAAUGAGAUGAAAUGCCUUUGGUAACAGUUUAUUUCGUAGUGUAAGCCAUCAAGCUUUUCUAGGUUGUCGGCGACCCUAUAUAGUUCUUGCAGUGCCUUUUUAAAUUUGAAACUUCACACUAUCCUUGGAUCCCUAGUUAAAGAAAUCGAGUGAAACUAGCGAACGCGUCUCAGUAUUUAUACUAUUCCACAGUCUUGCAGCAGAUGGGAAAAAGGAUCCUUUAUAACGUCCAGUGCGACUAUUAAAAAGAAAAAAGUCCGAAACUGUUCUUAAAGAAUAGUUUGUUCUUUCGUAGACUUGUAAAGGAAGUAAUUCUUUAAGACAAGUUGGACUCAAGUUAUUUACAAUCUUAUAAUAUAAAAUAAGCUUAUGGAUUUUUCUUCUAGUAGACAUACUUUCCCAUCCCACUUCUUGCAUGAGACGAUGUUCACUAGUUCCUUUUAUUGCCCCGCUUACAAUCUUAGCUGCCUCAUAUUGUACAUGUUCGAAUAAAUCACAAUCACUGGCUAUGCCGUUGUCCCACAAUACGUCCGCAUACUCCAUAAUAGGACGAAUAAGUGAUUUAUAUAGUUUGCCUAGAGUGUCUCUGCUCACUUUAAAGUUCAGGCCUUUUAACAUAUUUAACUUUUUAUUAGCAUUUUCAAAAAUAUUUACAAUAUGGGCUUUUCAUGCAGGAGAGGUUUGCUGUGAGUUUAACGCCAAGAUGAGUGUGUUGCGAGACUUCACAAAUUUUCUCGUUUGCAAAAUAAAGAUCAGGAUGGGGUGCAUGGUUUAAGUCUUAUAACUGAAAAAGUCAUGCAUUCAGUCUUCUUUGUAGCAAGCCAUCGUUUUGCCCAUUUUUCUAUUUCUAUAAGAUCAUUAUUCAAUUUUGUUGAAGACGUGUCUGGAUUGUCAACAAUAUCAUACAAAGAAGUGUCGUCAGCAUAUAAUAAAGAAUAGGAUUCAAGAUUUUCGGUGAUAUCGUUUAUAUAAAUAAAAAAAAGCAAUGGGCCAAGUACGGACCCCUAAUAACUUUCAAACCAACUCAAUAAAGGGCCCCCGACACCAAUUAAUUGAAGCUUGUGUAAAAGACCCUUGUGCCAAACUCUGUCAAACGCUUUACUAAUGCCAAUGAAAACCAUUCUUACUUCUUUGCCUUGCUCAAAUGCCUCGUGGAUCUUAUGUACUAAAUAUACUAGUUGAUUUACUGUCGAAUCACCUGGCCGAUAGCCUGAUUGCAAUGGGUUUAAAAAUUUAAUAUCCAACAAAAAAUUAUAAAGUCUUGUAAAAACGACUCUUUCAAUUAUUUUAGAUAAUGAAUCUAACAAUGAAAUCGGCCUAUAAUUCAACUUUGACUCACGAUCUACUUUAGUUUUAAAUAAUGGAAUAACAUUUGCUGCUUUCCACUGCUCAGGGAAAACUCCUGACGACAGUGAAAGGUUAACUAAAUGCGUAAAAGCACUGGUUAUACCAUUUGCACAAAUCUUAAUAAUUCUAUUGCUUAUACCAUCUGGACCACAUGCUUUACUAAUAUCUUCUACACGUAAGAGGCUAUUUAUUUCAUAUUCAGUAGCAAUCACGUUUGACAAAAUGACAGAAGACUGAAAAGGAAUAGUCGCAGCACUAUCAUCAAUGGUACUCUGACUACAAAAAUAAUCAUUCAAUACUUCAGCUUUCUCUUUAGCAUCGCUGAUUAUGUUUGGACCUUUCAUGAGCGUUGGGACCGUUUCGCGCUUGUUUUGCCGAUAUAAAGAUUUAACAAUCCCCCACCAUUUUUUUGAGCCCACCUCGGGUUCCUGAAGCUUAUUAUUUAAUUUGCAUAGUAAUGUGCUUUAUUUGAUCUUAUUAAUGUUGUGGUAUAAUUUCUUUCUACUCUAUUUUUCCCAAGAUGCCGAUGUUUUUAGUCUAGAAUAUUUUUUUAGCAGUCUGUUUCGCUUCCUAAUAGCUUUUCUGACCUUACUGCAUGUUGAUCCCUGGUUUAUCGUGUGGGCGGAUAACUACCGUUUUUCUAUGAAUAUGUUUCAACAAUUUGUUGAAAAAUUAAAAACCAAUUAUUAUAUAAAAUGUUUACAUUAUUACUAAACAAUUGAUACAGAGACAUCUGAUACAGAGUCAUGCAUGUGCAUUUACAUAAACUUUAAGUUGAAUUUUCUCACCAAAUGUCAUUUAUUUAUUUCAAAGUGUUGAAGAAUACGAAUCAUCAAGACGUUUCGCUUGAGUUUGUAUACCCGAUACAACACAGCCGCUCGUGUUGUAAAUAUAGUACAUGUCUUGGGUUUCUCAUGAUGUUCGUUUUUGGACUUUGUUCUCUAUACGUUCACGUCAGUGCAUGGUUGUUAAAUAUUGCAAUUCCCGUGUCAUUUUUCGUUGGAUUUUCGUAUUUAGUUGUUGCGUCCAACAUUCAUGGGCAUGCUGAGAUACAUUGCAAAGAAUAUAUUCAAUUUGGUAAGUCAUGCACUACUACUUCGUAUAUUUUUGAACUUCACAUGUACACUUUACAAUACUGCGAAGAAGACUGCGUUUUCAUUAUUUAUAAUUGUACUGCAAAAUCUGUUCCCGACCAGUGCUUUUCAAAACCACAUUAACAAUAAAAAAGGAAAAGCCUGAAAAGCGAUUGUUAAAGCUCAGCUUCUUAACUGAUUAAACAGCUAUGUUUUUAAAGAAAAUAUUGUCACUCGUCCCUAGUAUGUAUACCAAAACGUUUGAAAAUAUUGUGAGAGGAAAAGUCUGUGAUGUCAUUCUGUUCCAGGUACUCUGUGUUGAUCCUGUGGCGUCUACAACUGCUGAACUUAUCAGCAUUGCUGAUGAAAUGAUUCAAAACCAAAUGCCAAUCAGGUACGUCAAUUUGCUUGCAUUAAUCACAAACUUCAAGAUAUCAACGUUUGGACUUCGAGGCUCACACAACUGCAGUAGUCCUGAAUUUGUUGGCUCAUAAGUAAAACUGAGAAAUGUAGGUUUUUUUUCUUGGUCCUAUCACAAUGCCGGACGCGUCGCGAAAUAUUGGGUGGGCGAAUUUAGGUUGAUAACGUAUGACCACCUUUGGUAGCUUCAUAUCUUAGUUAUUUAAACUUUUUAUGCCUUAACGUUCAUGCAAUAUAUAAUUUAAUAUAUAUUUAUGAUUUAACAAAUAUAAAACAUUUUCUGUGUUGAUAUACAGUUAAACUUAUCAACACGAGUGGAAAGUGAGAAAACGAGAAAUUGUGUGGAAACACGACGCCCGAAGGACGGAGUGUUUUCGCGCAAUUUCUCGUUUUCCCAAUUUCCACGAGUGUUGAUAUAUAUAGGUUAUCGCUCGUGACAAUUGUGAUAUCAUCCCUCGAGCGAUAAAACUGAUAUCACCUCAUCCCUUAUAUGAUAACCUAUAUAUAUCAAUACGGAAAAAAGGUUUUAUAUUUGUUAUAUAAUAUAGCAUAAAGAAGCACAAAGAAAGAAAUUUUCCGACGUUUCCGUGUUGACAUUGAGUUAUAUCAACACGGGUCUUAGCCAAUCAGCGUUCAGAAUUUACAAAUGCUAUAUUAUAAUUGUUAAAUGUAACUUAUCAAUGCUUUGAUGGUUGAAAAGUUAUUGUUAAAGCUUUGUUAUACACAGUUAUUGCGUUACCAUCAAAGACUUUCAAAAAUUAUUGGGAUGGAGGGAGUGGCGGUUUCCCCACUUGUCCCCUAGUGUCCGCCACUAUCCUGUCAGUGUAAACAUUUGUGACGUUGAUUAACGUGAUGGUUGCUGACAUUCAUCAAUGAAACCUGAUCAAGUGUAAUUAUACAUAUAUUACAUUUCUUCAGGUUUGGUCUAGUUGUAGUCACUGAAACAGACGAUAAUGUUGAUGGAAGAACGGAUGCUGCUGUUGGCAUUGCUCGAGCAUUUUAUUUUAUUAAUAAUGAUGAUGGUCCUGAUGCCGCAUUCGCAUUUGUAACCAGGGUAUAGUAACACUUAUCUCGAUUUACUUUGUCCUUGAAGAAGUUUCUUACAUUGCAAAAUUCUUGUUUAUUCAAACUUUCUAUGGCAUUUGCAUGAUUAAAAUAGCGAAUUAUGCACGGUUGCGGGAGUUAAUCCAGUGUAAUUGAUAAUAAUAAAAGUUUGUAAGUACCCAGCCUGAAGGCCGUUUACCAUCGUCGCUUUGCCUUCUCUCGAUGAACCUGGUUGAAUGUACGAUGUAGGUUUCCACCAUGAUAGUCUUUGCCCCGCUUCAUGUUCGCGGACACAUCGUGAAAGAUUGAAAGUUGUCCUAUAUUCACGUUAGUCCCGCAGACGUACAAGAAAGAGGACUUCGAUCGAUCACUCCUGGAUCACCCAUCCUGUGCGAGCGAUGCGAUCGUAGUAAAACUUGCACCAUAAUUAUAGUAAAAACAUGGUGGCCUCGGUUUCUUUUGUUUCAACCGGGACGUUUAAUCACGUAUUUCCCUCAUUACCCAUGCAUACGCUUUUGUCUUCUAAAUUUCCCCGGGAAACGGGGAUAUUUAGUUGAAAACAAAGGAUUUCUUUGUCUUCUAAUUUUCCCCUGCAUGUUUGAUGAGGGAUAUUUUAUUUAGAAGACAAAAGCAUACCUCAUUACCUCUGAUUGGAGAGCUGUACCUCAUCGAAAAUCAUCGGCACAACUAUGGACAGUAUCUGACGACACCGUCCCGUACACAUUCGAACAAUCACUUUGCCAGCUUUUAUUCCGCAAUCUUGAACAUUAUUUUCACAUUGGUACUACCAACACUGGUACAGACAGUUUUACUAAAAAGAAUGAACACGGAGAUGUGUUUCUGCGCGUGCGUACAUAUGAAAAGUGUUCUUACCACAAUCAUAAGACAAUCAAACAGCAUUCAAAACAGGCAACAUAACACGCGCAAUUCCCUCGGCUACCAUGUAUUUACAAACUAAACGCAUGCUUUGAGGGAAAUUAGUGAUUAAAUGUCCACGCAAACCUCGGGAGGUUUAGUAAAAGUCCCUCGGAGGUUUAGUAAAAGUCCCUAAAUGUCCCCACAAACCUCGGGAGGUUUACUAAACCUCCCUCGGUUUGCGGGGACAUUUAAUCACUAAUUUCCCUCAAAGCAUGCGUUUACUUAUAAUAAACGGUUAUCCUCUGAUAGUCUUUUAAUACCCCUAAUUUUAAGUUGCUUAUGCGAGAUGAAGGAAGUGAACAUAGACGGGAGUGUGAUCAUGCUAUAACAAGAGAAUGGUGGUUGGAUUCGUAUAAAAGUCCCAACAAAUAGCGGAGCCACACAGAGAGUUGGAGGAGUCUGGGGCAACGUAAACUUCUCUCUCUGUUUUUCGCUACUUGGGAGGGCCUCCCUUUGGACAUUUUCUUGGUCAAAAUCUGAUCAUUCCAAUUAUAUAUAGUUCAUUUAUAACAUUCUGUAUUUCAGUUGUACGCCAACAGCGAUGGUAUCCCUACAGCAGAUGAAGUAUAUACUCAGUUUAAGAAACAAUAUAGUCAAGAAGAAGCUGACGACAUAUUAGGACCAAAUACUGACCAUGAUGAUUUGAGAAAGGUUGGUUCACUCGGUGUCUGGGGAAGGAAGCACGUCUAUCAACUGGGCAUGCAGGGGAACUCACCAAGGUUAAACUUGAAAUAACCUAAUUAAAGUUUCAAUAAACUAUAGCAGAUAUUGAAACUUUUAUCUGUUGAACAUGGAUUGCUGGUACUAGCUAUUCUGGAAAAGUGUAACAACAGUUUGGUUAUAGUAAUGAAAGUGAUGUAUUUUUGGAUUGCUACAGGUGAUUUAAGGCUGAUGUCCACUGUUGCGUUUUUCAUACGUAUGUAUAUACGCACGUAAAACUUUAAACCAUUUAAAUGUUACUUAUGUUAUUAUUAGCAUGACAAAAUUACUGGAUGCUGAUUGGUUGAGAGAAGGACAAUUAUUUCAUUAAUUGUACUGCAGUACAAUUAAUGAUUUUCCCAAAACAAACAAAAUGGCGGAAAGGUAUUUAAACACAAAUGAAAUUGCCCUAGAAGAACUUAAAGCAAAAGAACUAAAUGAAAAUAUGAACAAAAGCUCCAAAUUUUGGUUGAAAGUCUGUCAGGACUGGGCUUUGGCGAGACAAUAUGAUGUUGACAUUGAGUAUUGUCCAAUUUUGUCAUGCUAAUAAACAAGUAAUCAUUGUACUCGCCGUCGCAUGAUUACCUAUACAAAUAACCAAAUAAAUAAAGCAACAGAAUUUAGUGUUCCGCAAGUUUUAGUAUGCAUUUGUUAACUUAUUUGUAAAUAUUUAAAAAACUAGACGGAUUCCAAGUUUUACGUGCGUGUACAUGCGUACGAAAACGCAACAGUGGAAAUCAGCCUUUACACCAAAUAGUUGAAUUCAGUAGUUUUUUUUGUCUGUAACGAUCCCAUAACGUAUCACUAUCGUGUGUUUUCUGUUCUUUUUUAAAGCCACGUACAGAUAAUUAUAACACUUUGUAUUAUUCUGAUUAUUCUGUGCUUUCGUUAACUUAAUUGAGGACUAUGAAAUAACUAGUAACUAAUUUUAUGUAGUAUUUUUUUUUCAUUUAGAUCUUCGAUAAAUGUCUUUAUUCUUUAUUAUAGUCUGCGAAACUUUUCUUUGAUCGUAUUGGACUGCGACAGCUUCCACAAGUUAUCAUGAAUGGCGUUCCUCUGGAUACUGAAGAGGUAGUAAUUGAGAGGUUCACAUUUGACUAUCGCUACCAUUAAUGGACUAUUAGCCAAUCAGAUCCGUUUGAUUAUCCGAUUAAGAGGUAGCGGAAGUCAAAUCUGAACAUCUUUAUAGAUAUAGGAAAGUACGGAUGACAGAUGCAGCUACCACGCUGCUCUUUACUAUUGAGUUAUGUCUGCUACUGCAUGUAGAGAAGGGCAUUACCUUCUACAUACCCUUCUAGAAUUAGUUAUAUCGAGUGAGAUGCCCGCAAAUCCUGAUAUUUACCCAUACACCUUACCAUGGCAUCACCUUAGUAAAUAUACUUGAACUUGUGGUUAGAGCUCGACAACCAAUUCUGUGCCUGAGUUGGUUCGAGCACUGCACCGGAAUCGCAUUGAGUCGCAGGUUCGAUUCCUGCCAGGAGACCUUCGCAACUGCUCCUGGUUAGGUCUAAUAAAUGUAUAAAAAUUCACAUUCGAAAUUCCCAGCUACAAAACCCUUCUACAAUGGACGACUUGCGCUUUAGACUAAAUUUUAAUCUAAGUAAGAACAACGAAAUCUAUCACCACAGCUAGAAAGAGCGUCUUGGAAUUAGUAAUAUUACAAAGUUUGGUUGCGAAAUGUUGUAAAUACGGAAAAUAUAGCCCUUCAAAGUUGGCAAAUUUGUAUACUUUUGUAUUACGUGCGUGAAUUGGUAACUAAAUUAGUUACCAAUUUCCGCACGUAAUAGAAAUGUAUACAAAUUUGUCAACUUCGCAGGGCUAUAUUUUCCGUAUUUUACAACAUUUCGCAACCAAACUUUGCAGUUUUUCUAAUUUUGAUAACUUCUUUCCGAAAAUAUCCUUUGUUAUUCCCAGAUUAAAAGUCGUCCAUUGGGGGACUACCAUCUACAGACGUGAUCUGCUUGCAUGUCAGUACAGUUGUGGUUGGUUUGAGGGUUUUCCUCCAGGGGCCGGUUGUUCAAAGGUGGAUUAGCGCUAACCGUGGGUUAAAACUUAACCUGCUGUUCUGGUUUGUAUAUUUCUGCACGUCUGUUUAUUUCAAAACGUCAGAGAAGUAAACUCCUAUCGAUCCAGACAAGAUAUCUGAAGAAAUAUUUCCAAAUUUAUAAACAAGCUGUCAGGAUGUUUGCUUUGAAUUUUAGGUUAACCUAGGGUUAAGCUAAUCUAGCUUUGAACAACUGGCCCAGGUCUUUACUUUCCUACCCACAAACUAAACCUUAAGGCCCGUUCACAUUUUAAAUUUUUAUUGCGAUUUUGGGUGCGAUUUUCUUCUCCUGAUGUAUGUGAACGAGUGAAUGAGUUAGGAAUGUUUAGAUGAGAGUACAUAUACUUAGAGCAUUCGUAACUUAUUUACUCGUUCACAUCCAUCAGAAGAAGAAAAUCGCAGCAAAAAUUGCAAGGCCUUUAGACCUCAGCUGUCGAGCACAUGUAUCAUGAACCUCUGGCUUGGUCUGGCCAGCAUCCUGUGGAAACAUUUAAUAUACUAUACGAAAGAUUCAUUCUACUCCGUUAAAUCUUGUUUCAUUUGCGUAGACGUGUAGCUAGUGCGUAGGCCCGUAAGUUGAACCAACGAUAUUGGAGUUUCUUCGCCUGGCAAGAAGUAUUUAAACAUGGUAUAGAAACCUGGAAACAAACCCAUGGUGUUGCUUCCCUAAUUUUAUAAAUUUUCAUUUUCUUGCGAUAAUUGUGUUUGUUUCACGUUUCUACUAGAUCAGUAUAGUUGAAGAAAUGAUUGGCAGAGAAAUCAUGAUACAAACAGGACCGUUACAACAAGCUGUAUACACGGUAUGUUAUAUUACUGGUUUGCAAAGUACAAUUAUAAAGGCCCAUACAGACUGGACGCGAUUCGACAACGCGACGCGAAUUUUCAGUUUUUAAAAACAAAUAAAACCGUCAACGGAUAAAAAAUUUACAAGAUAUGCAGACCAAAUAGCUAAACUUGCUUAAGUGGUUCCGAAUAUUUGAAAAACAUAGAAAAAUAUUGAAGUUAAAUGUCAUUGAAAAUUCGCGUCGCGUUGCCAAAUCGCGUCCGGUCUGUGUGGGCUUUAACAGCGUUAAAAACUUAAUUAAGUUAUUUUAUUGCAACAAUUCUCAGGGUCUUAAAUUAUCGGCCGCUAAUUUUUGGGCCUUCACAACUGCUUUUUCGUACGACAAUUUGUCAUUUGUUGGCCUGAUUUCGCCUACUUUAAUUCUUUCACUCAUCAUAAGAAUCAACUCACCAACUCGAUACAAAGGUUUGUAACAAGUUAAUGUCGUGCGUUUAAGAUUGCAUUGUGUUGACGAUACGCAUAAAUUAUUAUAGGUAGACCGACGAUCGUCUACUGUAAUUAAAUCGCAACCGAAAUGCAACGCAACCGCCAUUUCACGGCUGCAACCGUAUUUUCGCAACAUUGUAGCAAACAGAAAAAGUUUAAGACCACUUAACAUUUUAGUAAAAUGUAUUUAACUAUCAGCUCAAUUCACAUCAACUUUUUAAUGUUUGAGAACCAGAAAUUGAAGAGAACGCUUAAGUAAGAGUAUAUGAGUAGAGAUUCUGCGCCAUUUUUACUUUCGCACGAUACUUUGGUAUUUGUAUUGAAGUAAGAAAGCUUCGGAUUAAUACAACUACGUGUAAAAUACAUGUACUCUUACCGCUGUGUUUUAAUUGUAGAGCCAACUUCGAGAUGAUAUGGAUGUCUAUAAAUAUAUCAUGGAGAAACCUAAUGUUGUUAAACGUCUAAAUACUAUCAUCCAGGAUUCUACAAAACCUCGUAUUGAUCUUGUUGGUAGAUCAUGGUCAGGUAGAUAAGUGUUUUCGUAUUGGGAUAUAUCAUCCCUGUUUUCGGGACGUCUCGCCUUUACUGAGAUACUUUUAAUGUGCAGAAAUAAGUAAUGGUUAUGAACUCGACGAAAUUGCCUACGGUCGCAUCUAUCAGGAUGAACAGCCGCAGAUAAAACGUUGCAACACUUACUUGAAACAUACACAUGUAAAACGCGCAAGUUGUUACAGAUCUCAACAAACAAGUUGUAACAAGGUUGUUGUCAAGCAGAUAUCAGGAUGUGUUUGCACUGCUUGUUCUCAGUUGUUGUGACAAGUCUGCAACAAGUUGUUAUCACCUUGUUACAAUAUUGUAUUGUCUGUGCCAAUAACAUUCACAAGCUUUCGUUGGUAGGGAGGCAACUACCUGAAAAAUAUAAGGAGAAUUUCGACGUUUCGAGCGAAUGCCCUUCGUCUGGAGUUACUAGCGGGGGUCGGGAAAAUUAUAUCAGCUUUUAUACUAAAAAUAUAAAAGCGAUCACGUGACAAAAAAUAAAGUCAUCAUAAAAAAUGUCUCCCAUUAGUCGAGACGUUUCGGUAACAGGCUUUUCUACUAAUACAACGUCUUUCUCGUGCAUUUUGACGCAUGCAAUAACCAAUUUAUAUUUUGGUUUAAUAUAGGCGACCUUCCAACUACAGCUGAAGACGCAAAAGCUCUAGGAAAUGAUCAUCUUGUUGAUAUUGUCGGUAGAAAUAUGAAAUAUUUUAUUGGAAAAAAUGGUACGUGUUUCCAACUGUAAGACUGUCUUUUGUGUGAUCUAACAUUAAUCAAGUAAACUUAAAUAAGGAUUUUCUGAUGCUUGACAAACAACGCCCUCUAUAGCUGUGGAUGAGAAGCACUAAUCCAUCGCAAAAUAACGGGGGGGGGGGGUAUUCCUAGUGAUCGGUCUAUCUAGAAAGAGACAACACCGUUAACACUGUUGGCGCCAGCUGAUCUUUAAAAAAAUUGGUAAAUAUUCUAUUUUUCUAAUUAGCCUCUCUCACGGCCGAUUUUUCCGCCAUUUUUGAGAUACUGCCUUUCCCACGUUUGAGAGUCUCCGCAGCACGAAAUACAACUUUUAGUAUGGUAGUUUGUAUAAUGGUAAAUUUACAGUUACAACUUUUAAAAGUUGCUUUUCACGUUGUUUGAAUUGUCUAGAAUCUUUUACGAGGGCAGACAGUACCCCCAAAAUGGCGGAUUUUGGCCUUCGUGAGAAAGGCUAAUUGUGCUUACCAAAUCAUCUAGCAUAUUUCUUGGUAUGAAAUUUAAAAUGUCACUCAAGAAAAUGUAGUUCAUAUAUUGCAUCAUAUUUCUACCAAUAUACAAAAUUAAACCGGUGUUUGGCCCAACCAAAUUACCUCUUUUGAUGUUCCUAUAUAUAGAUAAUGCUUAGGCCAAAAAAAAUAAAUAGUUGGUUUCAGGUUUCACAGCCAUGUUCUAUAUGGGUAGGUAGGUCGGAAAAACAUUUUAUUUUAAAAAAAUAUUUUAUCUCAAGUAUGCAAUAAAUAUAAGUUAAAACGCAUUAUAAACUCUUAGUUUUUAUUGUUUUUACAUCAGGUUUUCACCUGCAUAGAUAUAAAACUUGACAUGCAAGGGAACGAACAACAACUAAAUAUCGUUUAAAUUCCUGACAUCUUCACUACUUCUUGCCAAAUGGUCUAGCAGUUAUGGGCAGAAGCCCAUUUUUUAUGCAACCUGCACACAUAGGGAAAACUGUUUUGAAUUUUUCCUUUAAAGCAUUGUUUUGGGUUGCACCCGUUCUGCCACAAUGGCAACAAAUAUCAGCCCUGGGAAUAUCAGCUUGGAACUGUAGUAUGCCAACUCUACAGGAUCACCGCAAUUUACUGACAGCUUGACAUCCACACUUUUGUGCAGGGGCUUAUCCGGCAGCAGGAUAUGCCCACCGCAUGUAUAUUCUUCCAACCCAGUGAGAAUGGUUAUCUGCUGUCAUUCAGAUCAUCUGUUUUUACUGAAGAUUACUCUUGGUUUCCCACACUCUGCACAAUCAACUGUCAUUCUUGCAUGUUGAGCUGUAAAAUUUGAAGGUUUUUUUCGUUGUUCCUCCUAAUAAAUGGUAAAGUAGAUACAGUACAUCUCAAUUAGCUUUGUAGAUGGUCUGUUCAAGUCUGUGGUGUCCGUGUCAAUCACAGCUUCCAGUGGAAGAUAAUGAUCUCCUUCUUUGUUGAUAACUGGUCCGGCAACCAUCUUAAGUCCUCUGCAAGCUUUGCUGAACAGCAAUUAAUGACAUCACAUUAAUUUAUCAUCACAUUAUUUCAUCUUUGCCAGUUAACUUAGAUGGAUCUUUCAUUCCAGCACUGUAAAAAGCAAAUACAGUUAUAUUGCUCAAAAAUACAAGUGAACCAUGUUCAUGAAUUUUAACUAACGAUAAUAAUUUAGAUUAGCAUGAAUAAUGAAUAUUUAUUAACAGCAUGUCCAUGCAAAUUUUAUAUUCACUCACCUGGCAAAUGUGCGCUUAGGAGGCAGUCUCUUCCUUUACCCCUGCAGAACGUCUCUGUAAUCUCUCAGUGGCUUUUCCCUGUUAUAUUCAAACGUACGUAAACUUUCAAGCGUGAGUUUCACAGCUUUUUCACCCGUAUACGUAAGGGAAUUAAACUGGCUAAAAGUUAACGUGGAGUUGAUAUCUAUAUUCGUCCAAGGACCUUUAUCAAUAUUCAUCGCGUCAUUCGAUGUUGCCGCUGAAAUGGGCACACAGCAACAUACCCUAUCAUUAUAUUCCCACAAUAUGUCCUUUAUUUGUUUCCCGUCGUUCAAGGUUAUAUAUGCUCUGGAUUCAGGCUUAUGGCUACAUUUUGAAAUAACAAAAACAAUCGGCGAUGCCGGACUUUCUCGCGCCGCCAUUGUUUAUGAGUAACUGUCAUGCGUGAUCAAAUGUGCCACACGGGUCACCCGCGAGCUACAUGUGUUUCGCGAGAAACAAACGCAUCAAGGCGUUUUCGUCUUUUUUCUGCCAUGUCAGAAUAAUGUACGUUUUUAAUAUUUUAUUCAACUGUUCUUUGUGUAAAACUAUGAUUAAGAUGACUAGAUAAUGAUUAAAUUAUAAGCAAACAAAAUAAUUUGUAGACAAAUGAGUCUGAUGACUAUUUAUAUAUUCUGCUAUUUACGAAAAGAUGAUCUCUACUGGUAAAUGUCAAUAAAAUGUUUAUGGUCGGUCAUAUUUUUGACAGGUCGGUCGGAAACCUGAAACCAACUAUUAUUUUUAUUUGGCCUUACAUAGUUCCUUUAAUGUUUUAUAUAUGAUUUCUUUGCUUUGCAGAAAUGGAGUUACGACCGAUCACGUAUUGGAUUAUUGCUGAUAUAAGGCAGCCUGAAGGACGGAAGCUCCUUAACGCAGCUUUAGACCAAAUGGUAGGAAUAGUGGGACAUUGGCUUCCAUAAUGAUUUGCAUACUAUCGAACUGCGCAAACGUACGUUCGGUUAUAAUCAUUCAUGUUCCUAUAGACGCUAAAUAUGCAAGUGAAAGAAAAGAAAUAACAUUGACUGAAGCCUGACUCUUGUUGAGAGACGCAAUCACGGUUGUUUUACGUGGUUGUUUUAGGUUUUAGCCAAUGCUAUUAUUUUUCUUUCAUUUGUAUAUAUCAGAUUAAACGCAUUUGAUUGGUUAAUAGUAGCGAUAGUGCAAGUCAAAAUCUGAACCUCCCUUAUUUAUACACACAAUUCUAGAGAUUCUACAGUAUAAUGCAAUACUGCAAUACAAUGUGUUGCAAAUAUUUGCAACUCUACGGUACAUGUAUAUUUCCUGAGUAUCAGGCCCUGUUUCCCUUCCUUAAAUGCGGGUGAAUGGAAAAGAAAAGAGGACCUGACACAAAUCCCUUGUCUGGCCAUCAAAAUCCGGCUUUUCAUCUAAUUGAUCUCUCAGAUAAAAUAUGUUAAGCCUGAUACUCUAUACGGUAUAGUACUUUAGGAUAAGUUACAUAAGCUCACUUUAUAUCUUGUUUCCGCCAAGGUCAAAUCGGAAAGUAACAGAGUUGGUGUCAUACACAACACUGAAGCUGAUGACAAUGCUGGAUAUCCAUUAUCAUUUGUGAUGGAAGCAAUAUUAAAUACAGAUUCAUAUGUCACCCCGGCUAUAGUCAGUGUAGUGAAGUCAUUACUGAAUGAUGUUGAGGAUUACGAGGCAAUUACUACCAAUAUUGACUAUAUCGUCAAGUUAGCGACACCAGUCAAGGUAGGGUGAAUACAGUCGAAGGAUAUUUUGUAGAUGGAGAUUUCCAUUGUAAAUUAUGUAAAUUUUAGGCCUAGGUCCUCUGGCAGGAAUGGAACCUGUGCUUCAACAUUUAGUUCUAUUGAGUGAGAUGCCAAAAUCCUGAUAAUACAGUCGAACCUUUAGUUAACACACCCUGUUGGAAACUUCAUAGGUCACGUGAUAGUGAAACGGUUGUUGUAGUACCGGCAUGUGCUUGGGGAGUUCAUAUUUGGCCAGAAUAAAUCUUGAAAAAUCAGCGAGUUACGAGUUUUUUUAAGGAACGUGUGACCUCGUUAUGCGUUUUCGACAACCCUCUAUCCAACGGACACCUCUAGUUAUCGUCGUCUGGUUAAAUAGGAUAACUUAUGGGAAUUGAAACAAACUUAACGAGUUUUUAUGUCACAUAUGCACAUUUGUAAAUGUAAUUUCAACACUAAUAGGUAGAUGUUGUCCAUUAGAACUAAACCCUCUUUUCUAAGUUAGUGAAGUGAAACAUAUAACGAAAGCAGGUACCCAAUCUUAUAUUUCUUUGCGAUGUUUUCAUAGUAACAUUCAUCCAAUUUUCAUUAUGUUUUCAGGGUUUCAAAAUAUCCAAACUAAGAGAAAACUUAGAGAAAAAUGUUGCCCAAUACAGGAUUAAGACAACCGUUCAUCAGUUGUUCUGUGAUAAAGUUUUGAACUUAAAGAAAGGGGAUAUUGGUGUGAUUGUUAAUGGCAGGGUAGGUAUCCAGCUUGUUGUAGAUAUGUCAUUGUGUACUGUGUAGUGGCAGAUGUAUCAUGUAGUUAGCACGCUGCCCACUAUUGCCGAGUUAAGCCUGCUAGGUGGCGACUAGUGUACUGUUAUUGAUGGGUGACUACUCUGGUCACAGUUGUUGUAUGUGCUUUUGUCCUGUACUUCGAAAAUUUUUCUCCAUCCGCAAAAACUAACCCUCAACUGUUGAACCGGGCAACCAGGCCCAGUAUAAACGACACUAAUUAUAAGUACUAUCAUUAUAUUUUGUCUUAUUACUAUGACCUGUUUAUUGUUCAUUUAUUUUGCCUUGUGUACGUGUGUAAUUUAACAUCCAUUACUGGAACUGCCUGCUUAUUCACAGCGUAUUUUGUAUGUUACUUCCUGUUAACGUUUUGAAUAAAGACCUGUACUUUACACGUCUUGUACACAAAUUUUAUUCUGGCUUGCAACAAUUAACAUUUAAUAUCAUUUCACAAAAAAAAACGAUCCAGCAUUAUGUACGGAGUUCAUACAAUACAAUACAAUACAAUACAUAAAUAUAAACAUGUGUUCUUUUAUAUAUUUAGGUGUUAGCUCCAUUAGGGACAAAAGACAUUUUCAUUGCUGAUGAUUUUGAACUUCUGGAGACACUUGAUAUGGACACAUAUGCCAGAAAGAUUCGUAAUAAGGUAAGUUUCUUAUAUCUAUCAUUAUCCACCGACUUAGGUUUCUAAGUUGCUUGAGUACUUGCAUGUACAAUGAUGGAUAUAAUCUCUAUUCAUUGAUUUUCUUAAGAGUAAUAUUUAAUAGACCAAAUUUGGCUAAUGUUGGUUAUAUGGUUGCAUCGUUGUUCACAACUUUAGAUAUACAGAAGCAUAUAAUAGAACAAAGGUAAUAAGUUCUUUGUAUGUUUGCAUGGUGAUAAAAUAUAAUAGGUUUUGUUUGUGGAAACACCACGUAAAUUUAUUACUGCAAAGCUUUCGAUCCGUAAGCCCGGAUCUUCAUCAGUGCUAAUAAUAUGUGCAUAUUAUUAGCACUGAUGAAGAUCCGGGCUUACGGAUCGAAAGCUUUGCAGUAAUAAAUUUACGUGGUGUUUCCACAAACAAAACCUAUUAGAACAAAGGUAAGUAUUAGAAUUGUAUAAGAGUUAUUCACUUAUAUAGUUUAUUCUAAAGCUUAGUUACCUUUGUUCUGCUCCAUGUUUUUGUACACUGGAAGAAUAGUAACUAGGUAUGUGAGUUAUCUAAAAUUGCGAAUUGGGUAUAGACAAACGUUAGCCAAAUUUUUCUAUUGCUUUGUUUUUGUAGAAGAAAAAACACAGUUAG